GAUCCUGCUGUCUACCGCACUCUCACAACGAGAAUGUCAGCGACUGAUGAAUCAAAUCUGAAGCGCCAGAGGGCUAACGGCAACGAAAUCUGGAGUGCGGAGAGCUCGGUGGCCCAGAAUUACGACCAAGGUGUGGUCGAUGGCUGGAGGAGCGAGAUGUAUGGCUUGCUGAUCUUCGCUGGCCUCUUUUCCGGCGUCAUCGCAAUGUUCAUGACCGAAAGCCACAAGAUGCUGAGCCCCGACUCGGGCACUCAGACCCUCGCGCUGCUCAGCGAGAUCACACAGCUGCUCGCGGGUAUCGCCAACGGCACAGCGACCAUGGCCGCAGCUCCGCCCGCCCCUGCUUUCUCACCUUCGUUCUCUGCCCUCCUCUGCAACUCCCUCUGGUUCGCCAGCCUCGCACUGAGCUUGGCGUCCGCGCUGGUCGCCAUACUGGUAGAGCAAUGGGCACGGGAGUACCAACACGGGACCUCGGUGUUCCCCUCCCCUCCCCUCCUAGCCCGCGCUCACACGUAUCUGUACCCUAGUCUCCGACGCUUCGAUAUGCAUGCCGCCGUCGGCAUUCCGCUGGUGCUCUUGAAUGGAGCUCUGGCCAUGUUCUUGGCCGGCCUGGUCGCAUUCCUCGCGCCAUCAAUGCCAUGGUCUUGAUUCUGUCAUCCGUACUUGUACUACUCUUUGUAUCACUCGAUGGAGCAUUCACUGUGUUCCCUUUGUUCUUCUACGACAGCUUGUACCACAAUUCACUUUCCCGGAUCCUUUGGUUGCUGAAUGAGAGCUUGGGAAAGCAACGUUGGACACCAAGUCUCUUUCGUGGGCCAUACGCUCCAUAUACGAUGAUAACGAACUUGGGACUUCCUGCAGGGAAUCAUCCAGGCCUGUUGGCGGAUGUGGACUGCGGGCUCCAAAGAAUCGCCGUUGAAGCUAUGUAGCCAUGAGGUUUGCACGCCUUUGAUGGGGACGAGCAUGUGGAUCCUUCAUGAGGCUCAGAGACGCACUCGAUACACGUUACGAGGCCACAUUUCGCCCGAAAUCCACGAGCAGCUGGGUGCUCCAGGCUGUUUGCUUGUUCUUGAUCAGCUCUC